CACUUCGACACAUUAUUCUCUUGCAAUUGCAUGAUCCGAGCGACGACGAUACGACUUCCAGCAUGAUCUCCUUCGCACCCGCUGUAGCCCUGCUUGGGCUUCUGACAGCUUUCACAUCGGCCACCGCGCUCACGUACAGGCUUACGCCCAACGAGAAGGAAUGUUUCUACACGCAUGUCGGCCAGCAGAAUGCUAAGGUUGCAUUCUACUUCGCGGUGCAGAGUGGUGGUGAAUUCGACAUCGACUAUACGGUUUACGGCCCCGACAAAGAGCCAGGACGUGAGCGAGUGAUUCUUGAUGGACAGAAGGAGAGACAAGGCGACUAUGUCUUCACGGCGACUGAGACUGGAGAAUAUCGCUUCUGCUUCGACAACUCGAUAUCAACCUUCUCCGACAAACUUGUAGACUUUGAGAUUGCUGUCGAGAAUGAGAAACGAGCGAACCUCCCACAAAAAGCCGGCGCAACCCCAGAGCAACUCAGCGGAGUCGAAGAGACGAUCCUCAAGCUUUCAGGACAGGUGUCUACCUUGACCAGACAGCAAAAGUACUUCAGGACACGAGAGAACAGGAAUUUCAGCACUGUGAGAAGCACGGAGAAGAGAAUCUUCAACAUGGGCAUGAUUGAGACGGCACUUAUGGUUGCGAUGGCAGGACUUCAGGUCUUUGUGGUCAAGAUGUUCUUCACAGGCGGCCGAAAGGCCUACGUAUAGAUCUAUGCGCUGGCCGCUGCAACAUAGACACAACCCAAAUGAUACAUGCUCUCCAGGAUAUACAGUACCGAAAA